GGAUUCUCCCUGCACGAUUUCAGCAGUCCAGCACUAUCGCAUGAGGAGAUCUGCCUUCCGUCAUCUCGCCGCCGCGCUGAUCUUCAUCUCUGCACUCUUCUGCUGCCUUGCUUAUCGCACGCCACUGCUGCGGCCAUCACUUGCGCACCGAGUCAGGAGGCCGGCGGUCCAGAUGACCCUGUCGUCGCCAUCUUCGGAGCCAUCUGUACUGUUCGUCUGUCUUGGGAACAUAUGCCGCUCGCCGACCGCAGAGGCCGUCUUAAGGAAGCUGGCGCAAGACAAAGGGCUGCGGGUGAGUGAGUGCUUGAGCAAACAGAAGGAUGUAGUUAUUGUCAGUCAGCACAUCCAUCCAUUGUGUCACUGUGGUGUCUGUCGAUUGCAUGCAUUGCAGGUGGAGAUAGACAGCUGCGGCACUGGUGGUGGGUCUGACAACUGGUACAAGCCCGACGGCUUCUCCUAUCACGAGGGCGAGCCGAGCGACGAGCGCAUGAGCACCGCCGCCAAGAAACGGGGCAUCCGGCUUACCUCACGCAGCCGCCCACUGCGGCCAGACGACUUCGACCGAUUUGAUCUGGUGAUCGGCAUGGAGGAGAAGAACCGACAAGAGAUCUUCCGUGCCGCCAGGGCCUGGGGGCGGCUGGAUGAGGCCGUGAGGAAGACUGUCCUCAUGACCGACUAUUGCCGCGAGUACGGUGAUGUCACUGCGGUGCCUGACCCGUACUACGGCGGACAGAAGGGUUUUGAGAAGGUGUGUGCAGAGGGGAGUUCUCCAUCGGUCAUGUGUGCAGGCAGUGGUUGUGUCGUGUGUGUGUGUGACAGGUGCUGGAUCUUUUGGAAGAUGCGUGUGAGGGUCUGCUGCAGAAGCUGGUGAAGGAGAGAGAGCCAUCAGCAGCAUCGGAGAGGCGGAUGUGACUCCUGCACUUACUGAAGAGAAAGACACCCGUAUGGCUGCCAGGCUGGGUGUGUCCGAUUGUGUGGCGUUCCGUGGUUGAAUGAGGAACCUCUAUGUGCAGUUUUGACUUCUCGUGUCUGUGUCUGUAGAUGUAACGAAUGAGGGUCACCAUAUCGAUUGCCCGUCCACCCAUCGAUUCGUCCUACUCACUCGACCACCC